GUUUUUUUGUGCGCGAGCGCGCGGUGCUGAUGCAGAGCGGAGCCUCAAGCGCGUGAGGAGUCAGAGGGCUUUUUUUCUACAGCAUCCGAGGUAUUUGAAACCCUCACGUUUAAAAGUGCAAUGGCGUCCUCUGGAGAUAUCCAUGUUAAGGAGCUGGACAAGCGUGCUUCUGGACAAGCAUUUGAGGUCAUUCUGAGCCCCACGGCACCGGACACCAAGGGUGAAUUCCCUCUGUCCACCCCCAAAAAGAAGGAGGUGUCAUUGGAUGAGAUCCAGAAGAAAUUAGAUGCAGCGGAGGAGAGACGUAAAAAUCAUGAGGCAGAGGUCCUGAAACACCUGGCUGAAAAGCGAGAGCAUGAGAAGGAGGUUCUUCAGAAAGCAAUGGAGGAGAACAACAAUUUUAGCAAGAUGGCAGAGGAGAAACUUAACCAGAAAAUGGAAGCAAACAAAGAAAACCGUACAAAACAGAUGGCAGCAAUGAAUGAAAAAUUUAAGGAGAAGGACAAGAAACUUGAGGAAGUCCGAAAGAACAAAGAAACAAAAGACGGAGGCGAGGGUGAAGAGAACUGAGGUUUUUUUUUGUUUGUUUUUUUUGUGCUACCUGUUUUAAGGGAUGGUAUUUUUUUUUACUUAUCCAAAGAAUUUUUUUCCUCCAUUAUACGGCCAGUAUUAUGUGUUCUUUUUUUUCUUUUUCUUUCUUUCUUUCUUCCUUUUUUUUUAUUUUUACACUUUUUACGUAAAGGUUAGGGGCGGAGCAGGUGCAUAAUUAUCUUUUAAACUUUCCAUGCUCAGACCUACUUUAAAUCUCCAUCACCUGUAGAGCUGUCUGCCUUUGGUUUUUGGCCUGUUAAUAAGCAGUCUUUUAUUCUAUUGGGAAGCAUGCCUGUGUUACACAUAGGUCUCUGGCUUUGUUUAUUGCAUUGUGCAAGUUGACCUGUACCAGUGUAUGUCAAAAUUGCAGUUCUUUGAGCUUAAUAAAGUUGCACAGUUGCUUGUUACAUUUAGGUUUAACAGUUUUAGAUCUGCCCUUUUUUGUAACUGUUCAUUUAUGAGCAAAUAAUAAUUGUCUGCCUGUCUGUGUAACUCUCUUUCCAUCUGGUUAACAAGCACAUUCCUGUAUUUACCUUGUCAUUGGUAAACUUGUUAAUAGUUUUGGAGAAACACAGAUACGUACUAAUAUUACACAGGCAAAUAUGUGCAUUGACAAUAUUAUCUGCAUUUGCUCUUCAUAAACACUUUCUAUACUGGAUGUACUUUAUCUCUAAAGAAGUGAACCAAAAAAGGGCAUUCACUUCUACAUGCGUGAAAAUUUCCAAUAAUGUUGGGUAGUAAGAUCUAGUCUGUUUUGUAUGUGUUGCAGAAAAGGGAAAAGAACAAAGUGAAAUGUACAUCAUGGAGAAUGUACAUCUAAAAGGCUGUCUUUUUAUUUUGCAUGUUGGACUGUUUUUUCCUCAUCUGUUUAUCCGGUAAUUAAUAUUAGCUAGAGCAUUCUCCAGUAAUUCAGUCAAUAGCUAUAGCGUUCCUACUCAAGGGUGUGGAGAACAGUGGCCUGCUGUCAUAUGCCAUUACUAAAUAAAUCAAACAUUAUGAUUUUUAUUGGAUAUAUUUAUAUAAAUAAGGAAACCAAAAAAAUAGCCUUUACUUAAACAUAUGUGCACAUUUUCAGUUAUAGUAAUGUCUGGCAGUAAGGUCUGGUCUGUUGUGUAAUGGAUGUGUUGACACCUAGUGGCCCAUUUGAAGGCAUAGCACUUUUUCAUUCUUGAUAUUUUUUUUUUGCUGGAAAAGAAAGAGGUUGCUGGGGAAGACGUGAUCUGCAACUAAAAUAUCAACUGAAUGAGGGUUUUUGAACAGCUUAUACCCAAGCAAAGCAAACCUGAACCCAUUUGACUCUCUUGAAGUUGUAUGUUUUCACAAUGUAUAUACACUUUCAGUUUUUUUCAGUUUUUUUUUUUACAAACUGCAUCUAAACAUUCCACAUCCCAAAUUCACCAUAAUUAAUCUUUACCUUUAAUAACAAAAAAAUUAAUAAGGUUUUACAUAACUUCUUAGGCCUUUUUGUCUAAGUAGGACAAUUUUGCAAUUUAGUAACGUAAAGUACCUUGAUCCUAUUGCAAUUCAUGUACUCCUUUCUAGCACUGUCCAUUUUCAGCAUGAAAAAUUAAAAAAUAAUUUUGUCUGUGCUUGAA